UCACAGCGUCCUGGUAUCACAAGUGACCGGUCGGUUGCCGCUCGGCUGUCCUGCAUCAUGUUCAGAGCCGCCGUCCGCCUGUCUUUCUCCGGUGUUCGGAGUUUGACCCGUACGAAACCGGCUUGCAAAGGUCUGUUGGCCUCAAGGUGCUAUUCACAUGGGAAACAGGAGACAGAUGAGGAGUUUGAUGCGCGCUGGGUCACCUAUUUCAACAAGCAAGACAUCGAUGCGUGGGAGCUGAGAAAAGGGAUGAACACGUUGAUCGGUUACGAUCUGGUACCUGAGCCAAAGAUUCUCGAGGCGGCACUGCGAGCUUGUCGGAGGUUAAACGACUUGGCCAGUGCAAUCCGAAUUCUGGAAGCUGUCAAGGAUAAAGCUGGCCCACACAAAGAGAUCUACCCAUACCUUCUUCAAGAACUCAGGCCAACAUUAGACGAGCUUGGAAUCGCUACACCGGAAGAGCUCGGCAUCGACAAAGUCUAAAUCAAGUGGUGGUGGAUGUCCUCAGAACGCAGAAUCUGCGUACCUCCACGUUUGCCUCAUCUGUCUGAUAUUUAAUUUUUCCUUUAUUAAGUUCUUUUGCUUGUAAAAUAUUGACGAGCCUAAUAAAGGAAGAUUUAUCUGUAACGUGUGUUACGAGUACUUCAGAAUACUGUUUUUAAAAGAAAAAGAAGUUCUUCUGGACCCAACAGAUUCAUUACAAGUUGAUUUAUGAGCGGUUGCACUUGUUUGGAUGUGCUUUCGUGAGGUUCGUUUGUUGCCACCAGAGGCCAGCAUUUUCACUUUAUUAAAAAGCCAUUCUAUUGCA